CCGAGUACGGCAGCCGCACUAGGACAAACCUUGUCCACCUUUAAACACAGGAGGUGGAUACACCUAAUCGACUUGCGCGCUGUGGUACGCACGCUUUUAUGAAUGGCGACUCUGUUUGUAAAAAAUGUCCCUCUCCGUUGUGCUCUUCAAUUCUCCUGCAAGCAUUUAAGCACGUCGUGGAUCCGGGCUUUAAGUGUCAGCGGAAAAGAGGGAGGUUCAACGAGCACUAGCAACAAUGCACCAAUACCUAAGAUUUACACCAGGACGGGAGAUAAAGGAUUCUCCAGCACUUUCACAGGGGAGAGAAGGCCCAAGGAAGACCAGGUGUUCGACGCAUUAGGAACAACAGACGAGCUGUCUUCUGCUAUUGGAUUAGCCAGAGAGUUCUGCCUGGAUCAGGGCCAUGUUUUCACAGAGGAGCUGCACAAGAUUCAGUGUGUCCUGCAAGAUGUUGGAUCAAACAUCGCCACUCCCCUGACUUCUGCCAGACAGAGCCACAUAGAAAGGACAAAGUUCGGCACAGAGCCCGUCUUCGAGCUGGAGCGCUGGAUUGAUAAAUACACAGACGAGCUGCCACCCUUGACCAGCUUCAUCCUGCCUGUGAGUAGCCUCUUCCCAAAGCCCCCUGGCACAGCCCCCGACUCGCCGAACAGCAUGCACCUACCGUCCCAUUUUUCAGACUCAUGCAUGGGCUAG